AUGAGUCACAAUGUAGAAUUGUCGAAUUUUCAAAUAGAUGUACUAGAAGAGAUUGGCUACGUUGUCGCUAGUGCUAAUGUUUAUUUCAUUGAGUUUCUUAAAAUAAUUCACGUCGACCUCGUAUAUUCGAACGUUAGAAAUAGCAGUACGUACAAGUCGAGCACGCCAUCUGUCGAUCAACUUUUCAUUUGGUCAAUCAAUUCGAAAAAAAUACCUACAAGCAAGAUAUGA